AAUUUUAGAUUUUGAAAUUGCUUCAUGACAUUCAAAUGUAGUAAGGUCCAGUAAGACUGUUUGGUUUAUUUUUAACAAAAACGAAAACAACUUCCACGUGAAAACGAUACACGAGCAAUUUUUAUUUGGUUGAGUCACUCUUUCGUGAUAGAAAGAUGUUAUCGAAUGAGCAGCUGUACGAAAUAUUUUGAGAGUCAUUGUUAAACAUAUAUAUGAUAUAUUCAUAACAAAAUUAAAUCGUGAAAAGGUUUACUUUCCUUCAAUUAAGUUGUUUGAAAAUCGAGUUGUUUACAAUGCGGCCCACGACCAACAUAUUAAACAGCUGACUGCAACACAACUUUCUUUGCUCUUAAACAAGAUCGAGCGAAUAGUUAACAAUUAACAUGACAGAAGCCGUGAUGAUACGGGUCACAUCCUUUGUUUGUCUGAGUUUAGUUUUGUUCAACUUGUAUCUGCGGAGAUUUUGCUGUCUUUGCGCAACCAUUCAUGAAGAAGCAAAGAAAUCCUUUAAACUUCGGACCAAUUAUUAUGGAAAUGAAGACGUCGCUUUAUUUGAUUUAAAUCCUUUGUGAUGGCAAGUGGAGCCCAAACGUUAAUUGUUCUUCCAGUCAUAUGUGGAAAAAAGGGAUUAAAGCAAACAAUUUUGUGCGCACUGAUUGUUUAAGUACACUGUUUGCCCGCCGUUUACAUUACAUAAAAGUACGCGCUCGCACUUCUGGCUAUAAAAUCACAGCCGCGACUCAUACGGAUACUUAAAUGAAAAAAAAUUAAGCUAUUUUAAAUGGAGAUGCAAGGUUUUGACUUCAAGGCUACUUCAAGAUAAUGAGCUUUGCUUUUUUCAGAGGGGAAGACAUAUUUCCCAGAGGUCAGCUCAAGGUGCCACCGUAUCUACGCAAUUAUGCAAAAGCAACAGUUCGGCGUAACGAAGACGAAUACAGCACAGAGUACCAACAGUUGAGUUCUGGAUUGGAUGGCACGAUUCUGGGAAGAUCUCUAGGAAAAUCGGAUAGUCUUCCUUCUGUUAGCAAGCCAGGGAAAAGUAAUCCUUCUCUGGAGUCAGGAAACACAAAAGUAAAGCAAUUAGCAGCACCAGAGAAAGUUGACAAGUCAGUCGAGGUUGAAAAGACAGACAUGAAUAGAAACCAGCUUAAUGAAUUACAACGCUCGAUACAAACCCGAUUAACAGGUCCAGCACUCGAGAGUUUUGAUGUAUAUCCAUUAGCUGGCAUGCGGUGCACGGGACAACGCAUGAGUCUAGCGGAAUCCCAACAGAAUCUGCCUAAACGAGGAAGCUUACCCUCGAGUGGAGACGAAGCCGUAAAAGACAGUUUGAGUUGCGGGCAAGUCGUUAGCAACGGAGCAACCUCUACAACUUCACACUCUGUCUCUCUUAACAAGCUAUAUUCUUGCCUAAAGAAAAUGAAAGGUAGAAGAAACGAAGCUGGGCAAUACGAUGAUUUAGCAACGUUUGCCAUGAAUGGCCGUGAACCUGGUUUCAGAAGGGGUUAUUUCCAGAGAGCUUUUGCCUCAAACAAUACGAGCCCCGCUCAAACACGCGGUGAACGCGAAGAGAUAUUUUUGCUCCUUGGCGGCAAAUCGAAACCGGUGCGCUUUCAAAUCAAUCCAGAAGGUCUGAACUUGUUGGAAAAAGAAUGGCGCGUUGAACUGAAGUCCAGAGAUUCGAUAUUUUGUCAUUCGGACGAGGAAGGUUUGCAACUUUUACAAAAGUUUCGAGCACGUUUUCGAAGCAACCAAAGAACAAAUUUCCUGGAUAGGAAAACACCACUCUUGCCCGUACCAUGGGCACGCCACGUUGUCCAUAAAGGACGUAGUUUGAGUCCAGAGGAAAAAGAACAAUUGGAAGAGGACGAAAGUGGGCGAAAACUUUCGAUUCACGUCUAUCUGCCUAAUGCUGGAUGGGACGAACAAAGAAAUUCAACACCUUCGACACCAACGUUUUCACCGAGCAGAUGACAGACUAUAUAAGACGAAUACAACAAACCAAAUUAUUGGAGUUACUGUAAUCUGCAUGGUCGCUAAAGUUGCAGUUUAGUUUGUAUUUCUUAUGUCGAUGAAUUUAAUUGAAGUGCCUGUUUUUGCUGGCUAAAUAUAUUUUCAUUGGUUUGCAAUUGUUUUGACGUUGUUUGAGUCAAAGGUAACAUGCUAAUUUGGUAAAUAAAUUCAGUUUGCGCCAAAAAUGCUAAAACAACAAAAGGCCAAUUUCCAAGGCUUUUGUCGGAACUUAUGAUCUAUCUUUGGUGCAAAUUGAUUGUAAAUUAAAUCAAAAUAAAUGAAAUUAGGCAGUUGUUGAAAUGCUUCCGAGUCAAAUUAUUAAAAUUCAAUUUUACAGGCUUAACAAUGUGUGUGUUUUUAUUUUUGAAAUUAUGAAAGACAUUUCAGAACAACAAGAUAACAUAAACAUGUUCUGGCAAGAUUUAUAUUACAGGGAGUAUUUGAUAAAUAGCGGUCGUUACAAAACGGGAGCUUGCCGACAUAUAACUCCGCCGGCUUGAAAAGUGGUUCGCGUGUAUCGCGCGCGCAUGAUUGUGAAAGGAGAGGAAAAAACCCAAUUUCUGACGCUUGCGGGCGGUUGUUUUUAAAAUUCUCUCGCGAUGAACAGGGAUUAAUUUUCUUUUAGAUAGAGCGGAUCAAAUAUAGUUAAACUUCUACGAAAGUGAAGAGGUGAAAAACCGAAAAACAUGAAAAAUGUAGAAUUUUUAUCGACUUUCUGUUCCAUUCUUUCACUCUUCCAUAUAUAAAGCGGUGUUCUUUUUGCAAUGACCGGAUCAACUGCACCAACACAACAAAACAGGGAAACAUAAAAGACCUGACAAUAAUUAUCUCUCUUGAAAAUGAGUUUGAUAUGGAAACUGAUUUGAAAGUUACCGUAAUUUUUUCACAGGAAAUUAAAAGUAGCUUCGUUUCAAAAAAACAUCGAUUAGAUUUUAUCGCUGACACAGUGAUAUCAGAACGAAGGUUUUAAUAAAGCAAAAAAUAUCAGCUCUUAAAAGGUGGAUAUCUUCUCUUUUCUCGAUGUUGAAAUUACGUUGAGAAUGGUCGGUCGUUUUUGUGGCGCAUUAUGUAUAUGACGUAGCUAUGGCCUCAAGUAUAAAUGACUGUGGGAAAGGACACAUUUUGUGGUCUGUGUAGAAAACCUGUUUCUGAACAAAAUUAAAAGAAAAAAUUGCGGCCGCAUUCUUUAAACCGGUUCAUUUAAAGUGGCGAUAUUAAUGUCUUUAGCAUCAUAAUUUGAAAGGCGAAAUCUUAAGACGAAUUGCUCUUCUAAAUCUAAUGUUAUUAGACCUCUUCGCGUGGCUGACGAAGAUAUUGCUGCCCGUAGGGGUUUCACUGUUCUUUUAGUUAAAAGCGGAAGGUUUUGCGGUUUUCCCGUUUCCUCCGCGUUUCCCAUCUCAGGCAUCCCUGGAUUAAUAUCCUUCCAUGAUUCUGAUUUCCUUGUUUUGAUUUUUGGCAGAUGUUUAGGAAACGUUUUCUGACAGUCUCUAGUCUUCACGGGCCGCGCGGGAGUUGCGAAUUCGUCGGCCUGCUUGGAAUUUCGUCUUGGAAACGUUCUUGUUGUCAAAGGUGGUAACAACAAUGGUCGUUUUACACCAUUUUUUGUCAAGAAGUUUCUCUUCCCAUUGCAGUUUAAUCUCUCUUUGUCUGUUCGAGUGUUGUGGAACAACUCCUCUUUGUAGUAUUCGCGUAAAGACGAAGGCAAAGACAUGUGUUGUUCAUCUUGUAACCUUUUUUCCUUUCGCAGAUCCGUCGUCUUUGCGACUUUAUAGUUCGACGCAUCGUCGGCAACUGGGAAUCGACCGUUGUGCAAUGGCGGGUAAAAGUAAAGUGGUAAAGUGUUUUUUGUUAUUUUACCUCGACGGUCUUGAGGUUGAUCACUUUCUCGCUUUCUAUUCCUAGAGCGUUGCUCCAUGUUCUCCUGCGUCCAUACUUGUCAAUUUGCCGCUGUAUGUGUCCAGUAUUAUUGUUAUUAACUAAAUAGCGCAGCAGAUGUUUUUUCUGGAGGGAACAAAAUACAUUGAAUAAAAAUAAAAUAUUUGCUUUUAAAGACAAACAAUCUUGCAGUGUCAUGAACUAAGACACAACUAAUAAGCAGUUUCUGUCGUCAUGAAAAAUCUGGUAAUCCCUCUGGCAGGAGAGGUUGUUUGAAUGUUCUCGACUGGUUAUGCUUAAGAGACUUUUAAAACGGUGACUUCAAUAAUAAACGAUAAUAACUUCUUUUUAGAGAAGGACACUAUAGAAUUAAGAUUAUUCACAGGAAUCUCGGAGAAGGAAUACAAAAAUGCCAAUUACAUCUUUUCUUCCCAUAAGGAUAUUGUUUUUCCGGCCCAGGCUGAAUUUUCUUAU